ACAAAGACUUGCGCCACUACCUGAGCCUUCAGUUCCAGAAGGGCUCGAUAGACCAUAAACUCCAGCAAGUGAUCAGAGACAAUCUCUACUUGAGAACCAUCCCUUGCACUACAAGGGCUCCCAGAGAUGGGGAGGUCCCUGGGGUAGACUAUAAUUUCAUUCCUGUUGAGCAGUUCAAAGCACUGGAAGAAAGUGGAGCCUUGCUAGAAAGCGGAACAUACGAUGGUAAUUUUUACGGCACUCCGAAGCCUCCAGCGGAGCCCAGCCCCUUUCAGCCUGAUCCAGUGGAUCAAGUUCUUUUUGACAAUGAUUUUGAUACCGAAUCGCAGAGGAAAAGAACCACGUCUGUCAGCAAAAUGCAAAGGAUGGACAGUUCUCUCCCGGAAGAGGAGGAAGAGGAGGAAAAGGAAGCAGUUAAUGGCAGCGGAGGGAUAGAAAACAAAGAAAAACAUUCAGAUUCUCCUGACUGGAUGAAACCUGUUCCCAGCUACAACCAGAGCAGCAGCUCCAUGGACUUCAGAAAUUACUUGUCGAGGGAUGAAACCCUGGAACCGCUGCCCAAGAACUGGGAGAUGGCCUACACUGACACCGGCAUGAUCUACUUCAUCGACCAUAACACCAAGACAACCACGUGGCUUGAUCCACGGCUCUGUAAGAAAGCCAAAGCUCCUGAAGACUGCGAGGAUGGAGAACUUCCUUAUGGAUGGGAAAAAAUAGAAGACCCUCAAUAUGGAACAUACUAUGUUGAUCACAUUAACCAGAAAACUCAGUUUGAAAACCCAGUAUUGGAAGCCAAAAGAAAAAAACAGCUGGGACAGAGUGAUGUUGGCCCUUCAAAGUCAGCACCCGAGAAGUCUGUCUUCACUAGAGAUCCAUCCCAGCUUACAGGAGCGCUUAUACGGACGUCGCUGAAAAAAAGUACAAUGGGAUUUGGCUUUACAAUCAUUGGAGGGGACAGACCUGAUGAGUUUCUCCAGGUGAAGAAUGUCUUAAAAGACGGACCUGCCGCACAGGAUGGGAGAAUUGCACCAGGUGAUGUCAUCGUGGACAUAAAUGGAAGUUGUGUCCUUGGCCAUACCCACGCAGAUGUUGUCCAGAUGUUUCAGCUAGUUCCUGUCAAUCAGUACGUGAACAUGACUCUGUGUCGCGGGUAUCCUCUUCCUGACGACAACGAGGACCCUGUGGUAGAUAUAGUGACAGCUACACCUAUUGUCAACGGGCCGCCCGUGACCAAAGAUGUUUGUGUGAGCAGCCAGGAUUUAAUGGCAGGAACGGUUGUGUUGGACCAGAAUGGAAAAAUGGGCCCUAUGUUGGUCAACGGUCGACUGAACGGCCCUUCCCUGGAGGCAGCCGAGCAGAGGAUCUCCCUGGCGUCCUCGGGGGGCUCCCAGCCGGAGCUGGUCACCAUUCCCCUGGUCAAGGGUCCCAAAGGCUUCGGCUUCGCCAUCGCCGACAGCCCCACGGGACAGAAGGUGAAGAUGAUUUUAGACAGCCAGUGGUGCCAGGGCCUGCAGAAGGGGGACGUAAUCAAGGAGAUUUGCCACCAGAACGUCCAGAGCUUGACCCACCUGCAGGUGGUGGAAGUGCUGAAGCAGUUCCCAGUAGGAGCAGAGGUGCCGCUGCUUAUCCUAAGAGGAGGUCCACCCUCGCCCACUAAAACUGCCAAAGGGGACAAGCAGGACAGUUCAGGCAGUUUGGAACCUGUGGGCGAUCCCAUCCCGCAGCCGAUGCCCUUCCCUCCCGCCGCCGUACGACCAGGCUCCCCCAGACUAGACCCCUCGGAAGUCUACCUGAAGUCCAAGACUAUAUAUGAGGACAAACCUCCAAACACAAGAGAUUUGGAUGUUUUCCUGCGAAAACAAGAAUCGGGCUUUGGUUUCCGGGUGCUCGGAGGGGAUGGACCAGAUCAGCCCAUCUACAUCGGAGCCAUCAUCCCCCUGGGCGCGGCCGAGAAGGACGGCCGCCUGCGAGCUGCCGACGAGCUGAUGUGCAUCGACGGGGUCCCUGUGAAGGGCAAGUCACACAAGCAAGUUUUGGACUUAAUGACCAGCGCUGCACGGAAUGGUCAGGUGCUGCUGACAGUCCGCAGGAAGAUCUUCUUCGGUGGGGAAAAGCAACCGGAGGAGGAGGAGUCGCAGGCGGUGCUGGCGCAGAACGGCUCUCCCCGACCGAAUCGGGCAGAGUUUGCAAACCAGCAGUCCCCGGAGGUCUACGACGUCCGUCUGCAGCGGAAGGAGAACGAAGGGUUUGGCUUCGUCAUCCUCACCUCAAAGAACAAGCCUCCUCCGGGCGUGAUUCCUCACAAGAUCGGGCGGGUUAUAGAUGGGAGCCCAGCUGACCAGUGCGGGAGGCUGAAGGUGGGGGAUCGCAUCUCGGCGGUGAACGGUCAGUCCAUCGUGGAGCUCUCGCACGACAGCAUCGUGCAGCUGAUCAAGGACGCGGGCAACGUGGUGACCCUGACUGUGGUGGCUGAGGAAGAACACCGUGGUCCUCCCUCAGGAACAAACUCUGCCAGGCAGAGUCCAGCUCCGCAGCACCGGCUGCUGGGACCGGCACAGCUCAACCCUGGCGGCACAGACAGGGGAGCGACAGAAGCCGAAGCUGGAAAAGAAGUUUCAAACAGUUACAGGCUGUCCUGGCCCGAGCACAAGCACCUGACACAGCCCGACGCUGGCGUUGCUCCGAUUAUUGGCAGCCGUCACGCCCAGGCACAGAAUCCUGGCUGUUUCCCAGUCGAGCUGGAAAGGGGCCCUCGAGGGUUUGGAUUCAGCCUUCGAGGAGGGAAGGAAUACAACAUGGGCUUGUUCAUCCUUCGACUGGCUGAGGACGGGCCAGCUGUCAAAGACGGCAGAGUGCAUGUUGGUGACCAAAUUGUGGAAAUUAAUGGAGAACCCACGCAAGGAAUCACUCACACACGAGCCAUUGAGCUGAUUCAGGCCGGAGGGAAUAAAGUUCUGCUGCUGCUGAGACCAGGGACUGGCCUGAUACCAGAUCACAGUGAUUGGGAUAGUUCUAUUCCAUCUUCGUCAAAUGUAAUAUAUGAAGAACAGUCACCAUUAUCUUCAUCUUCACAUUCUGCUUCCCCACCUGAAGUGUGUUAUUUACCAGUACCAGGAGAAGCUUUAACGAGAGUUCAGCUGUCUGAGAAACUGGAACAAGCAAAGAACACUGUGCCUGACAAGAUAAGCACUUUAACUGAAAACCGGUUUGAGAAGAAGCUUCACUCUUCUCCCCAGAGAACAAAGAACAGAUGGGAGUGUCCCUCCAGCCCCGGGUUUGAAAUCACAAAAGGCAGUUUGGAAUUAGGGACCAGAAGAGACAGAUCUGCGAGUCCAGAGACGUCAGUGGCUGCUGAGGGACACCCUCACACGGGAUUCCACAGCCCCAGGAAAGGGGAUCCGGAAAAAACCUACAGCAAUCUCUUACAUAAACCUGACAGUUCCAGAAAGGGCGAGAGUAAACCCACCGAAAUGGGGAUGAACAAUAGCAACAAAAAAGAGUAUUCCAGAGGAAAUCGAGGAAGGUCUGCCAGUCCCCUGAAGCAUCUCGGUAAGCAAGGAAGCGUAGAGACAGUGGGCAGGUUACAGGAACAUCCAGAUAGAACAGCUGGUGGUGAUAAGGCGACUGUUGAGCAGCUGAAAGGUGGAAAUGGUAGAACAGGAGUCGCCAGGAAAGACACGAAGCAAAAAACUUCUGGAAAGAUGGAAGGGUGGCCCCCAGAGCGACAGCAGGCGGGAUUUGAUGAGAACAAUCUUCCGUUCGGUGACUCUAGGAGAAACACGUCUGAAGAUGAAAAAAUAAAGAAAUCAAAUUCUGGAGAGCCAAGUCCCAUCAGAUUCAAAACUUCCAGUCUUUCCAAUAUUCCUCUGCUUUCCAUGGAGAAACAAAGGUGGCUGGAAACACAGGAGACUCUUGCACUGAACAGACAGCGUGGGGAGAGACACGUGGAGCUGCCCGAUGAAACCAAAGAUGAUGGAAUUUCCAAAUCUGAGAACAGUUCUCCGGUCAAGAAAACACCGAUAACUCCUGGACCUUGGAGGGUACCAAGCGCAUGUAAAGUCACCCAAACAGCGGGUGUGGCUGAAAAACGGGUUUGACUGACACCUUUUUUUAGAACAUGUUUUAAUCAAGUUUCUAAUAACGGUCAUUUAAAAGCUUUGUUUCUUUUCACAAAGUUGUCAUUUUUCUCAGAAACUGGUUAGAGGGUGGAAAAGUAUUUGAAUUGUUUUAAGUUAUCUAAGCUGCAUGAAGGACUCUUGGAUUGCUCAAAUGAAACUCUUCGUAAGCUGCUGUCCCCUUGUCCUGUGGAAGGCGGUGUUCUGCUGCUCCCGACGUUGCACUGCUACGGCUUGCUCAGAUAGUAUUGUGAGUUUCUGAACAAAAUUAUUUAAUGCCUGUAUUGCCAAUGUGAUCAUGACUCACUCCUCGUUCUUGUGCCAAGUUAUCUGCUGUAUCCAGUCAAUCGGCUCCUUCUCAUCCGCACCCCGCUCACAGAAGAGGAAAGGUUUUGUUCACAAUGGGUGUUUUCUCAAGAGCAUGUUGCAUGUUUACAUAAGGGAAUACACGUCCUUACUGGUUCAGUAAGAAGAUGGGCGAGUUGGUUCUGUCAAUUCUAGGGCAGCAAAUGAGCCACUGAUGCUGUUCAGUUGAGGUUUUUUUCCUUAAAUUUUUAUACCUAAUACAAUCAUGUAGAUAAUUAUAUUUGACAUAAUCAAUGUUUUGUAAUUUUGCUUUUUAUGAACACGGCAAAAUUGCUUGAUUUUCUUGAUUCGUAAGGAAUGCUUACAGCAACUGUUUGCAAACAUCUGUCUGAAAAGAGCAAAUUCUGGGUUCUGUUAAAUGAUGUCGAUCCUGUGGUUGGACCCGUGUCACCCUCAGCAGCGGAGGCAGCGCGUGCGCAGCUGUUCUCGGCGGUGCUGGGGGCUCAGGUCCCAUCUCCCAUCAUUUAGUGUGCGUUAGGAAUCGGGUUUUUUCCCUCUGUAGAGACAAUUGACCUUUAGGACAGAACCAGCUCCCGUAGUGGCUUCUGGAUGAAGUUCUUGCCUGUGAUUAUUAGAAGUUUCCUGUAUUUCGCUUUGAACGUGUGAUCUGUUCUAGGAGUGCUACAUCGGGUGAUGUACAGGGUACGUGAGACUUAAGAUCUAUUGUUUGGGCUGGAAUACGUGUUUAAAAAGAAAGGAAUGUUACCACCAGAACCUACUGACACAUCAGUCCGACAGCUGUUAAGAACAGCAGACCGUGUAAGUUAAAGGGUUUUAUUUUAAUCAUAGUUUUAGUGGUGGUUUCCUGGCGUUAGGUUUUUAAUGACUCCAAAAACGUGGUAAAAGGAGCCCACUGGUCCAGUUUGCAGGAGGAGAAGGAGGUGUAAAGGGUCAAGCUUUACUUACGUUAAAAUCCAAACCAAGAUGAUUUGCUAUUUGAAAGUGACUUUUGGCUUUGGCCCGUUUGAUGUUCUUAAAGCUUAAUGAAGCACAGUGAGUCAGUUCUGAGUUGAGUUCUUCAGAAGUAGAGAUGAAUACUCAAACAGCUUUUUAAACAAAGACUUUGAAAAUUAAAUAGGCUUUAAAGCAGAUCUGAACCGUGCUCUGCUGCUCGACAUGGGUUGAUCCAUUGAGAUUUGCUGUGUAGCAUCACAUGUACAAAUACUCCCCGUUGCGGAGUACGACUGUGAAAAUAUUUAAUACUUUGAAGUAGCCUGUGUAGAUAUUAUCCCUGUAUUCUUAACGAGAUUGUUUUAUGCUGAGCGUAGGCGCUUGCCCUGACCACUGAGCACAGAUCCAGACCUUUAAUACAAAGAUGAAUUAGCACCACUGAAAUUACUGCCCUGGCAUCCGCUACCCCCACACUUCUUUUCUGUUGCUGUGACCCGAUUUAGUGUCUUACCUGUGUGUGAGUUCUCCUUCCAUAGAACUUGUCUCUGUAUUUCUGUCCCAGACGAUUUAGCAAUGUGGCCUUGGAAUGCUGAGCAACGUAUGGAUGUACUGGGUGUAAAUGUUUAUAUACUGUACAGCACCUUUAUACAUACUUCUGAGGUUCUGACUAGAGAGACCUGUAAAUCGCUCAUUAUUUUUUAUAUAGAUAUUAAAAAGAAACUCCAGUUCA